AAACUCACUCUCAGUCGAGACGCCGACAGCACAUACCCUGGCUUACAGCAACAGCAACAAGGUCGCGGUAAUGCUGGGGGACAAUUGGGCACCAAAGAAAGAAAACGGAUAAUCUAGAGGGGAUACGAAAUGCGAAACUGAAAAGAAGAAGCAGAGAAAAGCCAGGGAACAGGCGGUCAAGUGCAGAUGGAGACUGGAGGCAGGCAGCGCAGCUCACUAGUAGUAAAGCGUCCCCAGUCAGUACUCGUCCAGGCUCGGAGGGGCAGAAAGGGAGAUCGGCUGCUGAGCGAGUCUCCAAAGGACCUCAUUCCUCUCCCCGACGAGACUCGUCUGCGAGGACACACACCCGGCCAGCUUGGAGGAACCACAACAAGAGUCGAAGGCUAUACUUCUUCACACGAGCAACUUACACUUUGGCAGGGCUGCCCGGGAAACCAGCUCGAGUCAGCGCCACGCACCAGCCCAACCAACCCCAUGGCCAGAAUGUCCGGCCGUCAGAUCUGGCGCCCAAUCGAGCUCCCGCCAGCCAACAGCAUUCCGCCCGAGAUGAUGAUUUGCUGCUUGCUUUGCCGUCCAGGGCAAAAUAUUCAUUCCGCGACCGGUGGUUUGUCCGUUGCCGCUCCAGGGAAAAACCAACAAUCAGGUCCUCCGUACAGGCGAUCAGCUAAGGCGGUCCCCUUUCUUUAUCUACCCAGCAUCCAGUAUCCACCCCCUUCUCCAGCUUAUCCUGCACGGUCAUGGUCAUAGCUGCUGGCUGAUGAGAUGCACAUGGACCUCGUCCCUCGUCCCGCACCUGACUGCCUACAUCCCACGCCUCGCACCAAGCCACACCCUUCUUCUCCGGCGCCAUGUCCGUGCA